AUGCAGACUCAGCUUGUUGGUGUGUGUUUAGCAAUCGUUGGCUUUCUCGGCACCAUCCUGAUCUGUGCUCUUCCUGCAUGGAAGGUGACAGCCUUCAUUGGGGCAAACAUCGUCACUGCUCAGGUCUUCUGGGAGGGUUUAUGGAUGAACUGUGUGAUCCAGAGCACCGGUCACUCACAGUGUAAAGCCUAUGACUCCAUUUUGGCUCUGCCACAAGAACUGCAGGCUUCCCGGGCUCUGAUCUGCGUCUCCAUCGCUGUCAGUGUGGUGGCUAUCGGGCUCACUGUGGUCGGGGCUCGCUGCACCAACUUCUUUCGUGAUGAAAGGCCAACCAAAGGUCAAAUUGGCCUUGCUGGAGGGGUGGUCUUCAUAGUGGCGGGACUGCUGUGUUUAAUUCCUGUCAGCUGGUCAGCUCACAGCAUCAUCACUGGUUUCUUCAAUCCCCUGGCCACUAACGAGAGGAGGGGGGAGCUUGGGGCCUCCAUAUAUGUGGGCUGGGCAUCUGGAGCUUUGCUCGUCAUUGGAGGAGUGGUUUUGUGCACCACCUAUAGAUGCUGA